GAUAUUGGAGUGGCUGAGUACAUAAUUAAUUUAGAUAUGGUAGAUUUAUUUAAAAUUUUGGAUUUAAAGGUAUAAAUUAGUGUACACACAACUUAAUUUGGUUUAAUUUUUUCAUCAUUAAGAAUUUAAUUUGUUUUUUAAUUCAAAUAUAAAUUGAUGGUAUCAAUUUGAAAAAGCUUUUCUUAAAAAACUUAUCAAUUCACACUUUUCUACGCUUAAAGUGAUAUAUAAUUCUUUUUCCCGUUGUCUUUCUCCCUUUCUUCAACUUUUCCGAAGUACUUUUUAGGAUGUAAAUAUGUCUUCAAAUGCAUAAAAUAAAUAAAUAAAUAAAUAUAAGAGAGUAAGAAAAGGAGAGAGAACGUAUAUGUUGCUCUGUUAUUUUCCCUAUUGUUCCACGGAAACCUCUAGAAAAAUUGGGUCAAAAUGUAAUGCAUUGACAUGAAAAUUUUGAAACUCUUAGCUUUGCACUUUGCACUUUGCACUUUGCAUGACUAAAUAACGCUCUUUUCACUUUAAUUACGUCUGUUCACUUUUUAAAAAAUAAAUUUGUCUCAAGAUUUUUUAAUUUUUUUUCAAAAUUCCGAAUAAAAACCAAUAUAUGUUUAUAUAUGGUGAGAUGAGAUGAAUGGAAUUAUCUUAUUUAUUUUAUCGUUAUUACUUGGUCAUGAUAUUUUCAUCUUCAAUAAUAGUAGUUGAAUAAUUGGUGAACUAAUUAUAUAUAUAUAUUAUGUUUGUCCACCUACAUUACAUUCCAUCGUACUUUCUAAUUUUGUGGGCUGGGGUUGAUGCUGUGGGACACAAGAGGUAUAAUCUCCAGCUAAACUCAGCCUUAAGACUUCGGACCGAAUUUAGAAGAAAGCAUGCUAUAUAUUAAAAUUUAACAAUUGAAGUUAAAAGUUCUAUGACAAAAAGAAAAAAAGAAAAAGGAAAAAAGGACAACAACAACCAUACUGGCUAUCCAGGUGAAGAAUGUUAUGCUCCGUUUAGUAUGCCAAACAUCUGAUAGUAAAAUCCGAGUUGUUGAACAAGGUAUAAAUACAUAAGGUUUAAACAAGUGAACCGAAUCAUUGAAUUGCAUACUAAAAUCUGAGUUGUUGGACGAGGAUGUAAAUGCGUGAUAUCAAAUAAAAUACAAAGCAAUUAAACUUGAGUGGAUACUUAUAGUGCGGUUUUAUGCUCCAUUGUUAUUUUUCAAUACAAUACCCAAAUUGUGGCAUGGCCAAACCGUAUCUGAUAUAUGCUUACAUGUAAAUAUAUAUAUACAUAGAAGUGGUCAAAAACUGAUGAUGUAGAAACAGAGAAAAUUAUUGACUGAGUUUGGAGUGAAAAGGAUAAAGAUGAAUUCUCACAUUAAGGCAUCAGUUAUAAAUAGUUGGUGGGUGGCUCACCCAACCCUAACCAGUCACAUGAUGAACUCCAUGCAUUUUCAUUUAACAUAUUAUUAUAAAACCACCAGCUACCGAGAAAAUGCAAAUAAUUGAGUGAAAACUCAACUCCACUUCAUCUUCCUUAGCAUUGCCAUCUCUUCUUUCAAAAAAAUUUUGGUGGAUCUCUGUGUCCUCAUUUCCUCAACCAAUCUCAUUUAUUUCUCCUCAUUCAAUGCCUCCUAUUAAAACCCAGCUCCUUUCCCUGAAAAAUUAGGUGUGAAGAGAGAGAUAGACAGAGGCUUUUGCUGAGUGGGGUUUUACCUUUAUAUUGUCAACGACCUCCCACUGCAUUAAUGCUGCUUUCUCGCUCUCUCUUUCUCUUUCUAUGUGUGCAUGAGGCUUGAGUGUGAGAUGGUGAAAUUCAAGAAACAGACUGGCCUUAGUAAUUGCUUGUCAACGCCGCUUCGCCUAUAAAUCCCUUCUUCUCCAUUUCUACUACUCAUACUCUCUCAGUUCUCUUCUUCUUUCUCUUGGUAAUGAAUUAUUCAAAGCUUUGGUUUUCCCAACAAUGGCGUCGUGUUGAAGUCCUGAAAAACUAGGUUUAAGCAGUGACCCACCAUUGUUGAUGAGAAAUACCAUCUGGGUUUUUUCUACUGGAGUCUUCUAAGGUACGUUUUUGGAGAUUCAGGUUUUUUCUGAGGAAAGUGCGGUUUUUUUCUCGGGAAAAUGGACGUGUUUUGGGCUUCGCUGUUUUUUAUGGCGAUCACCGCUUAUCUGCUGUGGUUCACCUUCAUCUCACGGUCGUUGAGGGGUCCACGUGUCUGGCCUUUAUUGGGCAGCUUACCAGGCUUGAUCGAGAACAGUGAACGCAUGCAUGAAUGGAUCGCUGAAAAUCUACGCGCGUGUGGCGGCACGUACCAAACAUGCAUCUGCGCCGUCCCUUUCUUGGCGCGAAAGCAAGGGCUCGUGACGGUCACAUGCGACCCGAAGAAUCUGGAGCAUAUAUUGAAGACCCGGUUCGAUAAUUACCCUAAGGGUCCCACGUGGCAAGGUGUAUUUCAUGAUCUGCUCGGGGAAGGGAUCUUCAAUUCUGAUGGCGACACGUGGCUGUUUCAGAGGAAGACCGCCGCACUGGAAUUUACCACCCGGACGCUGCGUCAGGCCAUGGCUCGCUGGGUCAGUCGAGCCAUCAAGCACAGGUUCUGCCCCAUUCUCAGGGCGGCUCAGCUAGAAGCCAAGCCAGUUGAUCUUCAGGACCUUUUGCUUCGGAUCACGUUCGAUAACAUUUGCGGCUUGACGUUUGGGAUGGACCCGCAAACCCUAGCUCCAGGCCUCCCUGAAAACAGCUUCGCCUCUGCUUUUGACCGAGCCACCGAAGCCAGCCUCCAGCGAUUUAUUUUGCCUGAGGUUAUGUGGAAGCUGAAGAAGUGGCUUGGGUUGGGCAUGGAGGUCAGCUUGAGCCGAAGCAUUGUACACGUGGAGAAUUACCUGUCCAAAGUCAUCAAUACACGUAAGGUGGAGCUGCUGAGUCAGCAAAAAGACGGAAACCCCCACGACGACUUGCUCUCAAGAUUUAUGAAGAAAAAGGAAUCCUACUCAGACUCCUUCCUCCAACACGUGGCACUCAACUUCAUCCUAGCUGGACGUGACACGUCAUCAGUAGCCUUAAGCUGGUUCUUCUGGUUGGUAACCCAGAACCCAACUGUCGAAAAGAAAAUCCUACACGAAAUCUGCACUGUUCUGAUGGGGACACGUGGCAGCGACACGUCAAAGUGGGUUGAUGAGCCGUUAGAGUUUGAAGAGCUGGACCGUUUGAUAUACCUCAAAGCCGCACUCUCCGAGACUCUCCGGCUCUACCCGUCGGUGCCGGAGGAUUCAAAGCAUGUUGUCGCCGACGACAUAUUACCGGACGGCACUUUCGUCCCGGCGGGAUCAUCAAUCACGUACUCAGUAUAUUCAUCGGGUAGGAUGAAAUCCACGUGGGGUGAAGACUGGCCCGAGUUCAGGCCUGAGAGGUGGCUAUCGGCCGACUGCCAGCGAUUCAUAUUGCACGACCAAUACAAGUUUGUGGCGUUCAAUGCGGGGCCGAGGAUUUGUUUGGGGAAGGACUUGGCUUACUUGCAAAUGAAGUCGAUAGCCGCGUCGGUGUUGCUGCGCCACCGCCUCACGGUGGUUGCCGGCCACCGGGUGGAGCAGAAGAUGUCGCUGACGUUGUUCAUGAAGUAUGGGCUCAAGGUUAACGUGCAUGAAAGAGAUUUAACGGCAGUUGUGGACGGCGUUAGGAACGAGAAAGCAAGUGAGGUGUGUGGCGAGGAAGCUGUUAGAGUUAAAUGUAACGGUAACUGUCACGCCAGUGGUUCGGUUGUUGUUGGGGGUAGCGACGUGCGGCUCGGUGUAACUUGAGAGGUUAGUUUUGGGCUGUACUUGUGGGCUGACGGAUAUACUGCAGUAGCAGCCCAACAGUUUUUAAGGCCCAAUUACGCUUGAUUUUUAAAGAACACGAGGGGUAGUGUUCCUCGAAUCCUCUCAUACGUACAGCUGUUCCUUUGUAGCCAAUAAUUUAUAUUUCACAAUCCUAUAAAAUUCUUUGUUUCUUUAUUUCA